CCGUUAAGUUGGUCGAAUAUAUAAAUCGAUUGAACAGAAGAAAAAGAAGGUACUCCAAAUUGCAACCCAAUGGAAUAGAGAGACUAGGACCCUAUGCAUCAUGACUUAUCAUCCAUCAUCACAUCAAAUACAUGCAUGCAUAAAGCUUUAAAGAGAUAAAAAAUGAAUGGAGUCGAAUGGUAUCAUCAGAUCUACAGACCAAAAGAAGCCAUUGGAGACCCCACAAUCUCCAGACACAGCUGAAAAGGCAACAAAAACUUUUCCGGAUAUGAUGUCUGGUGAGAUGUUUCCUAUUACUCAUCACCACAAUCAUCAACCACCACCUCCACCUCCACUUCAUGAAGCUCCAAACCCUAACCCUAAAGCCAUCUCCAAUCUCAAGAAGAAGAGGAAUUUACCAGGCACCCCAGAUCCAGAUGCUGAAGUAAUGGCACUUUCACCAAAAUCACUAAUGGCAACAAACCGAUUUGUAUGUGAAAUCUGCAACAAAGGUUUCCAAAGAGACCAAAACCUGCAACUUCAUCGGAGAGGUCACAAUCUGCCAUGGAAGCUGAAACAAAGGAACAAUAAAGAACCCAUCAAGAAGAAAGUCUACAUUUGCCCGGAAAAAUCUUGUGUCCACCAUGAUCCGUCGCGAGCACUUGGAGAUCUCACCGGAAUCAAGAAACAUUUUAGCCGGAAACAUGGCGAGAAGAAAUGGAAGUGUGAAAAGUGUUCCAAGAAGUAUGCAGUUCAAUCCGACUGGAAAGCUCAUUCCAAGACUUGUGAAAAAGAUAGUUUCAUAACUCAUCGAGCUUUUUGCGAUGCAUUGGCUGAAGAAAGUGUGAGACUCACCACAGUGACACCGAAUAGCCUUGGCCUGAAAAACGAAGCUAUGAACGAAUCCGUGAUGAACCCUAAUUUUCCUCAUGGGUUUUCAGGGAUGACGCAAUUCGGGUCGGGUUUCCGGUCUGAUUUUGGGGAUCAAAACAAUAAGCCAAGAUUAUCACUUUGGUUAGACCAAGCAAAUUCUCAACUUAAUCUUUCUCCAAUGGAUCAAAUGGCUAUGAAUUCAAAUCUUUACAUGUCAUCAAGCUCCGCAGGUUUAGCGGAUAUGGUUAAUGUCUUUGGUUCCUCUCCAAUGACAAAUUUUACAAACUCCAACCAAAUUCCAAGUUUAUCAUUGACACCAGAAGGUCUCAAAGAGGAAACCCUAGCUUCGUUAUACUCAAUGAACCAAACCCAUCAAACCGAAUCCACUGGUCCAAUGUCUGCUACUGCACUCCUUCAAAAAGCGGCUCAAAUGGGUUCAACCAGAAGCAACCCAUCAAUCUUCGGAUCGAGUUUUGGGCUCAUGAACUCCUCCACUACAUCAAACACUGCAGUCAGUUUGGUGAACAACAACAGCAACAACAACAACAACAACAACAUCAACAUCCCUACUUCUCUCCCUCAUAUCGCAAGUCAACCACAAGUUUCGACUCCAAUGAACAACAAUUCAUCCAAUUCGAGUCCUCAAGCUCGACAACAUAUGAUCAUGUCAAGAAAUGAGACAAUGCCGCCAUUGAAGAUGAUGCAGCGAAGCUUUAGUGGAGUCGAUAAUGGAUUAACGAGAGACUUUUUGGGCAUGGGAGGAGAAGGUGGCCGGCCAUUGAUGCCACAAGAUCUAGUGAAGUUUGCGUCUUAUGGUUCAACGAUGGGAUCAAUGAGGCAUUUCGCUAGCAACAAUUAA